GGUGCGGACUUUUUUUUUGGUUGAGAAGAAAGAGAACAAGAGGCGACAGAGACAAUGGCAGCGGGCAAGGAGGAGAAGCUGACAAAGAAGCAGCGCAAGGCGCUCGAGUUCAAAAAGGGCGCCAAGGCUGCGGAUAAGCGCGCGGCCAAUGAGGAAGAGGAUGGGGCCAGGGCUGAGGCCUCAUCAGUCGUCGAGGCGCCGCAGGCCGAGCUGAGCCGCGUCCAGAAAGCAGAGGAUCCCGAGGUCGACGGCGACGAGGAAGAACAGAACCAGGAAGAGGAUCAGCAGGAGGAGGAGGAGGAGGAGGAGGAGGAGGAGGAGGAGGAGGAGGCGCAAGGUGAGGGCGCAGGCAAGCGGGUGGCUGCCAAGGGCAGUGCGACUCGGAGCAAAGAAGAGAAGAGAAAGGCGAAGCGAGAUGCCAAGAAGCUGAGGAUCAAGGAGAAGAAGGCUGGGGGCAAGAAGGCUGGAGCAAGCAACGGCAGCGAGCCAACAAAGGCACCUGGCGACGCGAGUGAGGCGACUGGAGGAGAGGAUGAAGAAGAUGACGAGGAGACAAAAGCGAAGAAGCGAGAUGCAAAGAGCCGAUUCAUCGUCUUUGUCGGCAACAUGGCAUACACGACAACGUCGGAAAAGCUCGCUGCUCACUUUGCACCGCACUGCUCCGAGACGCCGACAGUGCGCCUGCUGACGACGCCGGGCGACCCGACGCUGCUGUCCUCGCUGUCAAAGAGCAAGCAAAAGUCCAUCGCCAAGGGCAAGUCGCCCGACCCGUCGCUGCCGCGCUCCAAGGGAUGCGGCUUUGUCGAAUUUGAGACAUCUGCCGGCCUGCAAAAGGCGUUGCAGUUCCACCACACCAUGCUCGACGGGCGGCAGAUCAACGUCGAGCUCACGGCCGGCGGUGGAGGGAAUAGCGGGGAACGCAAGGAGAGAAUCAAGAGCAAGAAUGCCGAGCUGGGAGAAGAGAGGAAGGCAAAGUUCGAAAAGUUUGUCAAGCCUGCCAAGGAGAACAAGGAGGAGCAGGGGGGCAACAAGCGAAAGACUACCGAUGAGGGAGCUGCGGCGCGAGGCGAAGGCCAGGCACAGUGGGGCCCCAGAGGAGGCGCUGGUGCCGGCAGUGCUCCUGCUGCGAAGAGAACAAAGGUCGACAAGAAGUCCAACGGCAGAGCAACUGGCAGGAAACCUUGGACCCCAACAGGGUCCAACGCCGUCACCCUCUCUGGCUAGUCAGCCCCUCUCUCCUAUUCUCUCUUGUCUCCAUAUCGUGUAUAACAUUAUCAUUCACUUUGUUGUUCAAUUCAUGCAUAG